AUGACUAACCCUGACAUGGAUGCCUACAACAACGCAUUGCAGCAACUUCAACUAGCGGAGAAGGCGAGAGCAUUCGAUGCUAAAAUCACCGCUGCCUCUUCAGACAUCGAGAAGACUGCGGCUGAUCUUGUACGGAAAAUCAAAUCUUAUGACUGGGAAAAUACGUACGGAAAGCCAUUGAAUGUAGAUGGCAAGAGGACGCAAGGGGAACAUUUCCUUGGCAAUGUCGACCUUAUCAACAAGACGGAGUUGAUGAAAGUUGCGAAGAAGAUGCCGAAAGGCGCUCAUCUUCACAUCCAUUUUAAUUCCUGUCUUCCGGCCAGGUUUCUGAUUAGACAAGCUCGGAAUGUCGAAGCAAUGUACAUUCGGAGUUCUUUGCCUUUGGUCAGCCCUCAAAAUUGGAUCGAAUCUCGGAUAUCAUUCAUGGUUAUGAGUCCGGAGGAAGCUUGUCAGCUAAAAGAUCCCACAGGAAAUCUUCAGGAUGUUGGAUUGGGAAGCGUCUUCGACGACAACUACGUGUCCAACAGAUGGAUGCCGUACAAGCAAUUUCAGCAAUUGUUCUACUAUACAGACAAUGUCGAGCGGGAGUUGGCUGGAACAUCUGGUGCAGAGACUUGGCUAGAGCACAAGAUGCACAUUUCCGAAGAGGAGGCGCAUGGGCGUGGUCAGACUGGUCGAGGAAUCUGGGAGAAAUUCAACCAUCGGACCCAGAUGAUGAAAGGACUUUUUGCCUAUGAAUCUGCUUUCAGAAAUUACACCAGAGCAUGCAUCGAAGACUUCGUUCAGGAUAACAUCCAGUACGCCGAGAUUCGGCCAAAUUUCAUGGCGACAAACACACUGAAAACAGACGACGGGAAGGGGUCUAUCGGCAACGAGGGCAUUAUGCGAAUCAUCAACGAGGAGCUGCAAAAAACUAUGGCCCAGAUUCAAAAAAGAGGACAGUACUUUGGUGGCAUGAAAGUCAUAUAUUGCACGCCACGUUCCUUCAAAAACUCGGCUGUCGAAGCUUCCCUGAACGAAUGUAUGGAGUUGAAGGCCACGUACAAACACUUGAUAUGUGGAUUCGAUCUUGUUGGCCACGAAGAGAUGGGCAACGAACUCCGUAACUUUGUACCUGAGUUUCUGGCCUUUCGGAAAAAGUGUGAGGCUCAGAACCUGGAUAUUCCAUUUCUCUUCCACUGCGGCGAGACACUCGAAGUCGGCGACAGGGUCGAUGGUAACCUUUUCGAUGCUGUCCUGCUCAAUGCGAAACGAAUCGGUCACGGAUAUGCACUUGCCAGGCACCCUCUACUAAUGGAGAAGUUCAAGGAGAAAGGAAUCGCCAUCGAGUCAUGCCCAAUCUCCAACGAGAUUUUGGGUCUCACUUCGACCAUCGCAGGGCAUCAUUUGCCCAUUCUACUGGCAAAUAACGUACCAUGUACAGUCAACAGCGACAACGCUACCUUCUACAAAUCCUCUUUGUCACACGAUUUCUAUCAAGUUAUGAUCGGUGCCGAAUCAAUGACCUUGCUAGGGUGGAAACAACUCGUGAAGUGGAGUUUGGAGCACAGCUGCAUGGAUCCAGAACAGCUGAAAUCAGUCACGGCGGUAUGGGAAGUUAUGUGGGACGAGUUUUGCCAUUGGAUUGUCGAGGAAUAUGGUCCUCGCAUGCAAAACUGGGAGCCGCAGCCUGGCCGACACUGA